AUGGCAGUCAGCAUCAUGUCAGCGUCUCUUCUACUGUUCUGCCUUCUUCAAUGUUUCCUUCAGAUCUUCAGUCAAGGAAAAGUGUUUCGUUCAGCUCCUGAGGCUCACGCCGUGUUCCUGCGCCCUAAACGGGCCAACUCGUUCAUUUUAGAGGAGAUCCUACAGGGCAACUUGGAGCGGGAGUGCUACGAGGAGCAGUGCAACUUUGAAGAGGCUCGCGAGUACUUUGAAGACACCCCAAGGACGAUCACUUUCUGGGCUGUUUACUCUAGUGGAAACCACUGCUUGCGGGGUCCCUGUCUGAAUGGAGGGAACUGCACUCACAGUGUGCGGGGGUUUACCUGCUCCUGCAAUGCCCCUUACUACGGUCCACUCUGUGAAUUGAAAGUACAGGAUGAGGCAUUACAGACAAUAACGUCAUCCACAGCACAGCAAACCAAAACAGCAGAGAUAUCUAAGUGUCCGACUGAGAGUCCGACUGCUUGUCAUCAGCUGUGCACAGUAACCUACGAGUCCUUCCGAUGCUCCUGCAUGUCUGGAUUCAAGCUGCACAGCGACGGACGGAGCUGUCUGCCAGAAGUCGAGUUUCCCUGUGGAAGACUUCCUGAGGAAACUCUUUCCAUGUGUCACCAUGGUAACUGUCCCUGGCAGGUGUCUCUGCUGAACAGCACACUGCAGAAGUUGUGCAGUGGUGUGGUGCUGGGUCAGCGGUCCAUCCUUACCUCUGCCCGCUGCCUCUAUCAGGACUCAGAACCAAAACCCUCCAACCUUUAUGUGCUUGCUGAGAAACAGAGGACGCUCUUCCCAGUCAAAGCGAUGUACCUUCACAAUGGUUAUCAUAAAGAUCACCAUGAAAAUGACCUCGUCCUCAUCGAGCUAGCUGACUCCAUAACCUUUAGCCCCAGCCUCAUCCACCUCUGUUUGCCCACCAAAGACUUCAGCGAGAAUGUCCUGAUGCAUUCUGGGAGGACUGGGAUUACAGAGAGUUGGGAGAUCAGCAAGAACCAGAAACUGGUCUAUAUGACGCUAGACGAUUGUCGCCGUGAGCUGAACAUCCCGCAUCCACUAAGCAACAAAAUGUUCUGCAUGAGGAAGCAAAAUGAACCAUUAAAGUACCGAAAUGAAACACAAGAGAGCCCAGGAGCUCAGAGACACCCUAAUGUACACCUUGAGAUUCCAAAGAGAGGCCACAGGCAUCAAAACAGACCUUUAGGGAACCAGAUUGGAGUCCAGGGAAGGCUUCAUGGGCGCACGGUGAAUAGGCUCCAGAAUCAAACCCAAAACACUAACCACAGGCUGCUGAAUAAAACAGCAAGCUACAAUCACACUUCAAAAGCUCUGAAUUUUGAGUCCUCGCAUGGGGUCAGCAGGUCAAAUUCGGAGCCCAGGAACAGGCCAUGUGGCGGGCUGAUGCCAGGGUCGCCUGUAGCCACAGUAGAGCAAGGCACAGUGUUCCUGACCGGGCUGCUAAUCUCAUCACCCUCUGAGUGCGAGGCCAGCGGCGGUGGUUUGGUGUUCAGCAAACUGUCUCGUUACCUGAGCUGGAUCCGAAUGAGGCUGGAGGUGAUCGAGAAGUUAGCCAUGACUCCCCAAGUUAGACAAUAUCCAGAAGCUCGCUAACAGAUCGCCACCAUAUUUAAAACUCUAAAACCGACCCACCUGUUCUUGGUCACUUGUAAUGUUUUUUGUUUUCUUCUUUAGGUACGGCAGCUCCCUAAAGAAACUUUCCUCCCUGAAAACUUUGAACAUAAAACAGUUUUGCUAU